AUGUCUGAUGGAAACAGUACAAUACCAUUACCACCUUCUUCAACUAUAGAAACUUCAAGUGAACCUCCAAGAACCCUUUGGAUGGGCGACUUGGACCCAUCGUUUGAUGAGUCAACCAUACAACAAAUCUGGAAGUCUUUAGAUAGAUUAGUUACUGUUAAAUUAAUUAGAGCAAAGAAAAAUCUAUUAAUACCUUGUUCUUCAACAAUAAAUGAUUCAUUUUCUAAUUCCUCAAAUUCAUUAUCACCAACCAAUUCUUCAACAAGACUAUCUUCAGCUGGUUCUUCAGCAUCACCAACAACAGUAUCCUCAUCAUCAGCAGAAAAUAAAUCUAAUUCUAUUACAAAUAAUUUGUCAACUGAUCAAACAGAAGAUGCUUCUAUUACCUCUAAUUUAGAUGACGAUACCAACGGUGGUAACCAAAACCUUCACAAGAUUAAUAUUAAUGGCGUCUCAUUUAUUGACCCUUCAACUGUGCAAUUGCAUCAUGCUGGUUAUUGUUUUGUAGAAUUCCAAAAUCAAGAAGAUGCUCAGUAUGCUUUAUCUUUGAACUCAAACCCAAUCCCAAAUAUCUUGUCUGAUUCAAACAAUCUAUAUACAAAUCCUACUGGUAAGAGAAAUUUUAGAUUGAAUUGGGCUUCUGGUGCAACUUUACAAAGUUCAAUACCUGUUACUCCAGAAUUCUCUUUAUUUGUAGGUGAUCUAUCCCCUACAGCUACCGAAGCUGAUCUAUUAUCUCUGUUCCAACAACAAUAUAGAUCUGUUAAAACUGUCAGAGUCAUGACUGAUCCAAUUACUGGCGCAUCAAGGUGUUUUGGAUUUAUAAGGUUUGGUGACCAGGAUGAAAGGAAAAGAGCCCUAAGUGAAAUGAAUGGUGUCUGGUGCCAAGGUAGACCUUUAAGAGUUGCCUAUGCUACUCCAAGGAAUAAUAACAAUAUUAUUUCAAAUCAACAGAAUACUGCUACCCAAUUGUCUCAUCACGGCAACAGUUACCAUAACAAUAGUCAUAACAAUGGUAACAAUCGUUCAAGAAAAAAUUCAUCUUCCAUAUUAAAUUAUCAGAAUAAUUAUACUGCUAAUACUAAUCAUGGACAACCUCCACAAUUAUCCAAAAGCAAUAGUCAAAACGAAUUGGUAUCUACUGUUUUCAUUGGUGGCCUGUCACCCAAAAUCAAUGAGAGUCAAGUUAGGUCAUUAUUCAAGCCUUUUGGUAAUAUUGUGAAUGUAAAACUUCCUCCUGGUAAAAAUUGUGGAUUUGUAAAAUUUGAGAACAGAAUAGAUGCAGAAGCUGCAAUCCAAGGGUUACAAGGCUUUAUCGUUGCCGGAAAUCCAAUUAGAUUAUCAUGGGGUAAAGCCUCUUCGAUGACAUCCGGAAAUGCUAGUAAUAAUCACAAUGUCAACGGAAACAUAGAUCAACUAAACAAUCAGAACAAUGUGAAUUAUCAUGUCAAAUCAAAACCACACUUUCAGUAUCCUAUGGCUAAAUCUGUUCCACAACAACAGUAUGUGUUAUCAAACCAGCAAUAUCCUCAAGAUGGAAGUUUUCCUUCCAAUAAUUAUCGACACAAUUUACAGCAGAAUCAACAAAUUCAACAAGAGUAUUGGAGGAAUUCUAAUGGAUUUGCUCAACAAACACAGAAACAACCUCCAUUGCUACAACAACAAUUGUUGCAACAGUCAUUGCAUUACCAAAACAAUCCAUCUGCUUUAAACCAAGUAUCAUAUAUGUACGAUCCAAGCAUGAACAUGAAUUACAGUUCAUGA